CCAGCAGCUUCCCCUUUUCUGCCCUGCUCCAGGCGCCUGGCUCCUUCCCUGUCAGAGCCUCAGAGGAGGGGAGGCAGCACCAUGGCCCCCCGCACGGCUGCCGUCCGCCAGACCUGCUGCUGCUUCAAUGUCCGCAUCGCCACCACCGCCCUGGCCAUCUACCAUGUGAUCAUGAGUAUACUGCUGUUCAUUGAGCACUCAGUGGAAGUGGCCCACGGCAAGGCCUCCUGCAAAUUCUCGAAGACGGUCUACCUCCGGAUCGCCGAACUGAUCUCCAGUUUCCUGCUCAUCGUCAUGCUCUUCUUCAUCAGCUUGAGCCUGCUGAUGGGCGUGGUCAAGAACCGAGAAAAGUACCUGCUGCCCUUCCUGUCCCUGCAAAUCAUGGACUUCCUCCUGUGCCUGCUCACCCUGCUGGGCUCCUACAUCGAGCUGCCUGCCUACCUCAAGUUUGCCUCCCGGAGCACCAGGCGGGCAAGCCCCUCCAAGCUCCCACUGAUGACCCUGCAGCUGCUGGACUUCUGCCUGAGCAUCCUGACCCUCUGUAGCUCCUACAUGGAAGUGCCCACCUAUCUCAACUUCAAGUCCAUGAACCACAUGAAUUACCUCCCCAGCCAGGAGGGCAUGGCUCAUAACCAGUUCAUCAAGAUGAUGAUCAUCUUCUCCGUCGCCUUCAUCACUGUCCUCGUCCUAAAGGUCUACAUGUUCAAGUGUGUGUGGAAAUGCUACAGAUUCAUAAGGUACAUGAACUCGGCCGAGGGGAGGAGCGGCUCUAAGAUGCUGUCGAAGGUGGUCCUGCCGUCCUACGAGGAAGCCGUGUCUCUGCCAUACAAGAUUCCGGAGGGGGGCCUGGCACCACCUCCAUACUCAGAGGUGUGACGCUCGCCAGGCCCCAGCCCUGGGGCUGGGAAGGGUGGAGCUGCCUCGCGAUCUGCUUCCUCGCUUUGGUGGCCCCUGUGGCCUGGGUAAACCACCUGGCUGACUUCAGGACAAUCUGCUUGUGUCCCCCUUGCUGGCCUGCUUUUCCUGUGGGGCCUGGGAGAUGCUCACAAUUGGGUCAACCCCUUUAGGCUGAAUGACUCCUUGGGUCUCUCAAAAAUUCAGUCCAAUAGCACUCGGCUUCUUCUGAUCAGCUCUGACAUGGGUUUAAAUGAUUGGUCAUUCUGAAGUCAGUGAGUUUGGUUAAACAACUCUCAACCAGUUUUACCAAGUGGCUGACAAAUCAAAAACACCCUUGUCGGUCCAGUGAAAGUAAUUUGUACAGUCAUUUGGUCAAACAACAACAGUCCGUUGCAUUGGUUUGUAAAUGGUUGUCAGUUCACACAGUAAUUUAGUCAAGUAAUCACCAAUAUAUUAGUCCUCCUCACCAAAUACAUAGGUCCAGUUUCUUCCAACAGCUUGUUUAAACAAUUAUUAAUUCAGCCAGCUGUCAGCUAAUUUAGAAUGGUGAUAACAUUCAAUAAUAAAAAAAAUCAAAUUAGCCCCCAAACUGUUCAGUUCAAUCUAAUCCAAUAACCGGCUGCCCGCUCUGGUCAGUUCAGUACUUCUGAGUCCUGAAUAAUUGUUAAUUCAAUGAAAAUUCAGUCAGACAGUUGCCAAACUGUCAUUCAAGGGCUUGUCCCAGGAAAUCACAGUUGUCUCAGCCAUCCAACAACCCUUUCAAACGUACAAUAGUUUCGCUGAAGAGUUGUCACCCUCAACCAGUCACACGUGGCCAGUGUGGUCACAGAGCAAUGGGUUCUGGAAAUGGGUCGCCUCCACCGCGGUCAACACUAGUACCAAGCGGUCAGCCCAUCCCACGGGCAGGCCUGUCCAUCGCCCAUUCAGUUGUAGGCGACUCUGUUCUCCCAGCUGCUUGUGGUCAAGCAGAAAUUCAGCCCUGAAACCAGGCAAAUCCAUUUGUUGGACUAAAUCCACAGGUUAGCUCAGUCAAAACAGGCAAACCCUUUGUGGGCACAGACCUGGCCUCAGGGACUCGUGCUGGUGGUGGCCGUAGGGAAGGUUUUGGUCCCCGCACGCUUUCGCCUGCUUCCCUCGGAGCCGGGGUUCCUGAGGGGGUUGACCCAAGGGCGGAGAGAGGGGCAUGGAGGCAGGUUCUCUGGGGCCUGUGAGGGGGUACAGAGGGAGAGGGCUGUGCCAGGGGGUCCCCACCAACACCCCUUGUGUCAUUGCUUUGUGUGAUGGGGAAGAAGUUUCAAUAAAGCAGCACCUCGCUUCUC